CAUAUUCAAUUGACACUGAUUAACAACCAUUGCUUUUCUACUCCAAGACCCCACUUUUCUCUCGAAGAUUCUCACCUUAUUCAUGCAGGACUAAGUUUUCUUCAACUUCUGGGUUUUAGGUAUUCAAUGAUAUCGUAAAUUCAUCUCCCAAAACUAAAAGGGGUGAUGAUUUUCAAGAAAAUUUUAGUGAAUUGUGAAUAGUUUGGUGAGUCGUGAAGGGUUUUUGGUGGGUAGUGAAAGGUUGGUGGAUAGAAUUGUAGCACCCUUUUCCUAACUUCACUGAUAUUACAUAUAUAAAGAAAGUGUAUAACUACUACCAAAGUAUGUUGUAGUAUUCCAUUCAAAGUUCUUGGACUAUCUCUCUCUGAUUUCAGGUUUUCGAAUUACAUUUGUUUGAGCUGUUUGAUAAGAUGAAUGGGGCUGCAUUAGUUGCUAUCAUUGUCACAAUUGGCAAUCUUUUACAGGGUUGGGAUAAUGCUACAAUUGCAGGAGCUGUAGUUUACAUAAAGAAGGAGCUAACUCUGGGAAGUACCAUAGAAGGUCUUGUUGUUGCCAUGUCACUAAUCGGGGCGACCCUUAUCACAACUUGCUCCGGACCCGUAUCCGAUUUGUUUGGUCGAAGGCCCAUGCUAAUACUCUCAGCUUUCUUUUACUUCAUCAGUGGCUUAAUAAUGCUUUGGUCACCAAACGUCUAUGUUCUUCUUCUAGCUAGGCUUAUAGAUGGAUUUGGAGUUGGUUUAGCUGUCACUUUAACCCCCAUUUAUAUUUCUGAAACUGCCCCUUCAGAAAUAAGGGGAUUGUUAAAUACGCUCCCUCAGUUCACAGGCUCAGGUGGAAUGUUCUUUGCAUAUUGUAUGGUGUUUGGGUUGUCUUUAAUGGCUUCAACAAGCUGGCGAUUAAUGUUGGGUGUGCUUUCUAUUCCUUCUCUUUUGUAUUUUGUUUUGGCGAUUUUAUAUUUGCCUGAAUCUCCUCGGUGGCUUGUGAGCAAAGGAAAAAUGGGAGAGGCCAAAAAGGUCUUGCAAAGAUUACGUGGCCGGGAAGAUGUUUCAGGCGAAAUGGCGUUGCUGGUGGAAGGUUUAGCGGUUGGAGGUGACACAUCAAUAGAAGAAUACAUGAUUGGUCUGGACAAUGAAGAUACCCAAGAUCAAGAUCCAAUGGCUCAUAAGGAUUCAAUCAAGUUAUAUGGAUCCCAAGCGGGUCUCUCAUGGAUAGCGAAACCGGUCACCGGUCAGAGCACAAUGGGUCUGGUUUCUCGGGCAGGAAGUAUGGUGAAUUCGAGUAUUCCAUUAAUGGAUCCUCUUGUCACCCUCUUUGGUAGUGUUCAUGAAAAUCAACCCGAAUCAGGAAGUAUGAGAAGCAUGUUGUUUCCAAAUUUUGGUAGCAUGUUCAGCACCACCGCAGGGCCUCAGGUGAAAGACUCCGAUCAGUGGGAUGAAGCGAGUUCACAGAAUGAAGGUGAAGGGUACCAAACGGACGGUGGAGAUGACUCCGAUGACAAUCUUCAUAGUCCGUUGAUUUCCCGGCAAACAACCAGCAUGGUGGGUCCACAUGGCGGUAGUAACACCGGAGAGACAACUUCCGGCAUGGGGAUUGGCGGUGGGUGGCAGUUGGCAUGGAAGUGGUCGGAAAGAGAAGGUGAAGAUGGAACAAAAGAAGGUGGGUUUAAGAGAAUAUAUUUGCAUCAAGAAGCCGCGGCUCGUGGUGGGUCCCGCCGUGGGUCGCUUGUUUCGCUUCCCGGAAGCGGCGGUAAUGUUGCGGUUGAAGGAGAGUAUGUGCAAGCUUCGGCUCUAGUCAGCCAGCCUGCUCUUUAUUCAAAGGAGCUCAUGGCUCAACCCCCUGUGGGACCCGCAAUGAUUCACCCGUCAGAAAGUGCUUCGAAAACGCCAUUGUGGUCUGCGCUUGUUGACCCGGGGGUUUCACGGGCUUUAUUGGUCGGGGUUGCGAUCCAAAUGCUUCAACAGUUUUCGGGAAUAAAUGGGGUUAUGUACUACACGCCUCAAAUCCUCGAGCAAGCGGGUGUCAGUGUUCUCUUAUCCAGCCUCGGGCUCGGUUCCGAUUCUGCUUCCUUUCUUAUUAGUGCAUUCACAACUCUUCUAAUGCUUCCAUGUAUUGCAAUAGCCAUGAGGUUCAUGGAUAUUGCGGGGAGAAGGACUCUCUUGUUGACCACGAUUCCUGUACUGAUAGCAUCUCUCAUUAUCCUUGUCCUCGGGAACACCAUCAAGAUGGGAUCGGUAAUCCAUGCGGUGAUUUCAACCGUAUGUGUUGUUGUCUACUUUUGUUGCUUUGUGAUGGCAUAUGGCCCAGUCCCUAACAUUUUGUGUUCGGAGAUUUUCCCGACACGAGUUCGUGGAAUCUGCAUUGCUAUAUGUGCGCUAGUCUUCUGGAUAUGUGAUAUUAUUGUGACAUAUUCAUUGCCAGUGAUGCUCACUUCAAUCGGGUUGGCGGGCAUUUUUGGAAUUUACGCCAUCGUGUGUGUCAUUUCAUGGGUGUUUGUGUUUUUAAAGGUCCCGGAAACAAAAGGGAUGCCAUUAGAAGUCAUCACCGAGUUUUUUGCUGUUGGAGCAAGGCAGGCUGCUGCAGCCAAGAGUGAGUGAAAAAAGAAAUGCAAUCUAUGUGUUGAUUAGGGUUUUUGGUUGCACUAUUUCUUAAAUGUAGGGCAUGUAUAUUGCAUUCCAGUUCAAUCGAGCUCGAGGCUCGAUUCAUUAGAAAAUAUGUAGAUUCAGCUUGGUUUGGCUUGGCUCAACUUGUAGCUUGCUAACCCUGAAAAUAUUAGGAUCAGGAUCGACUUGCAUAGUGGUGGCUUGAGCUCAUGAGCUCAUGUAAAUUCAAUUGCUAUGGACUUGUCGAUUGGCUCGGUUUGUAUGGGAUGCUAAGUUUUAUGAACUAAAUAAUUAUGAAUAAUGUUAUAUUUAAGGAA